AUGUCGGAGAGCCCAAACAAUGAUUUAGGCUUAAGAGAGGAGGAUGAGGAUGUAAAUGAUGUGAAUACUCCAGUAUAUCAACGAAUUGAAGAUGAUUCAAAUGUUUAUACACCUCGUAAUCCUUUAUCUUCUCCCGCAACUGUGGCUUCCUCUUUGGCUACACCCAGAUCGAUAUCGUCACCAAGGACUCCCAUUUCGCGUAGAUCUCUAAGAUCACUUACCAACACACCGCGAAGAUUACAUGCUUCUACACCACAAAGAAAACCUAUCGACACUGAAAAUCUAGCCGAAGACCCCGAAACUGAUAUUCUGAAAGAGUAUUACGAUGGAAUAAAUUCUGGAUCUGCUACGCCAAGGACUCCUAGAAGGCAACAACGGCGCGGUGAUAUUCACAGCGCUCGUUCGUCUAAACGCUUUACCGAUCUCGAUAUCAAUGAAGAUCACGAAGAUAUAACGAUGUUUGAAGAUCAAGAAAGGGAAAAUCGAAAGGAUCAAAUUUGGGGUACAACUAUUAGAGUGGAAGAGGUUAGAGAAACCUUUAAAAAAUUUCUCAAAGAAUUUAAAUUAGCGGAUCGGAAGCUUAGAGAUGGUCUCCCAGUAUUAGAAUCUGACAAUAAAUCAUUUUAUAUUGAUUAUUUAGAGAAUAUUGAAAAAACAGAAGUAUUUAAAUUUAAUCUUGAUACUCAAAAUCUUCUCGCUUUUGAAGAUACAUACAAGCUGUAUUAUCAAAUUAUACGAUAUCCUCAAGAAAUAAUACCAAUACUUGACUACGUUCUUGCGCAAAUUUACGCAGAAUUGUAUAAGAAGGAACCAACAGAAGAUCUCAGGGUUCGUCCAUAUAAUCUUGGAAUUUCUAAAAACAUGCGUGAAUUGAACCCAGCAGAUAUUGAUCAGUUGGUUUGUAUCAAGGGUCUUUUGAUUCGGUCAUCGCCUAUCUUGCCCGAAAUGGCAGUUGCCUUCUUUCGAUGUUCAAUAUGCGAUAAGUCCGUUGAAAUUGAGGUUGACCGUGGCAAGAUUGAUGAGCCAUCCCGAUGUCCUCGAAAACAAUGUAAUUCAUCUGGCACAAUGACUUUGAUUCACAAUAGAUCUGCUUUCAAGGAUAAGCAAGUAUGUCGGUUACAGGAAACUCCAGAUUGUAUUCCCGACGGUCAGACUCCACAUACUGUUUCCUUAUGUUUAUAUGACGAUUUGGUUGACAUCGCACGUCCUGGUGAUAAGAGAUCCGAAAGAAUUCGUAAUAAUGAUGAUAAUGAUUUUACACAAAACUAUCAUGGACUUGAAAACGAAGAUGAGGAAAUGGAGGAUGGACCCGAUCAAUUAUUAAAGUUUGGUAGUGGACCAAAACGAAAGCAACCAAAGUUUUCUGAAGCUGACAAACAAUAUUUUGACGAUUUGUCAAAGAAUCCUCUUUUAUACGAAACACUGGCACAUUCUUUAGCUCCUAGUAUUUUCGGAAUGGAUGAUAUAAAAAAGGGUAUUCUUUUACAAUUGUUUGGUGGUACUAAUAAACAUUUUAAGAAGUCUGGUUCCCCUCAUUUCAGAGGGGACAUAAAUAUUCUUUUGGUGGGUGAUCCUGGUACUAGUAAGUCACAAAUGCUUCAGUAUGUACAUAAAAUUGUACCACGUGGUAUUUAUACUUCUGGUAAAGGUUCCUCCGCUGUAGGUUUAACAGCAUAUGUUACAAGGGAUCCGGAUACGAAACAAAUGGUUUUAGAAAGUGGUGCAUUGGUUUUAAGCGAUGGUGGUGUAUGUUGCAUCGACGAAUUUGAUAAGAUGUCGGAUGGGACACGUGCCGUACUUCAUGAAGUCAUGGAACAACAAACUGUUUCAGUUGCGAAAGCUGGAAUAAUUACAACUCUUAAUGCGCGAACUUCUAUUCUGGCUUCUGCUAAUCCUAUUGAUUCAAAAUAUGAUCCAAAAAAAUCUAUCGUGAGAAACAUUGAUCUACCACCAACUUUGAUGUCUAGGUUUGACCUUAUUUAUCUUGUGCUAGAUAAGAUUGACAGGCGAGCUGAUAGGGAACUUGCAACACAUCUAGUAUCUCUAUAUGCUGAAGACACUCCUUUCUCAGCCGGUAUUAACAUUUUGCCUAUUGAAAUUUUGGCGAAAUAUAUUCAAUACGCUCGUAUCUAUUACAAUCCGAUCAUUGGAAAUGAUGAAGCGCAUAAAGCACUGGUAGAUGCUUAUGUAUCGUUACGGAGAUUAGGACAAGACCCACGUUCUUCGGAAAAAAUAGUUACAGCCACUACCAGGCAAUUAGAAUCUAUGAUUCGAUUAGCCGAAGCAUACGCCCGAAUGAGGUUGUCGAAUACGGUUGAAAUUUCUGAUGUUAGAGAAGCCGAACGACUUCUUAAAGAAGCCAUAAAACUUUCAGCCUUGGACCCCGAGACUGGAAGAAUCGACUUGGAUUUGAUCACCACAGGAUAUGGAAGUUAUGAGAGACGGUUGUUAACAGUUAUGCGUGAAGAAUUCCAAAAAAUGAUUGACCGUACGAAAGUAACAAACAUUAAUUGGAAGAAAGCAUUGGAUGACUUUAAUGAACAAUCCGAUGUGAAAAUUGACGAAAAACAAUUUGAGACCAUGAUUCAUUCAUUAGAACAAGAAGGAAUGUUAAGACUAACUGGAAGUGGAAAUGAUCGUACAAUAAUAACUUUAAAUGAUGAAUAA